UCCAGCGCUUGUUUUUCUGAAACAAGAAAGGCGGAGUCAGGCUGGCGUCCCUGGAAAAGGUGGGGAUCCCUGGGACGCGGAGUCCUGGGGAGGCUGGGCUAGUGUGAAGGCUGCUUUAGGUUCCUUCCUGUAUGUGACGGAGAAUUUUUUAAGUGACUUGCUUUGGUGACUCCAAACUUGUGCACGCCAGAGGCUGCUCUUUCAACAGGCGAUUUGUUCUCCUGCCUGUGGCUCAUUUCCAUGCAAAGAGCCUGACAUCAGAGUACCUUUUGUUGCUAAAAGCUUUCUUUAGCUGGGGGAGUGAGCAGUCAUGUGAAACUGGGAGAGCUCAUUUGGAAGAAAGGGGUACUAGAAAGUUAUCUACGCGCUGAAAAGAAACCAUAGGCACCUAUUCUGCUAGCAGUGCCUUACAAGCUGACUCUCUAAGGGACUCGCUUUUAGAUGGAUGUUUGUCUGUUUGUGGGAAGGACGAUUUUACAAUGAAUCCUUUGCUUUUAAGCUUACGAGAACCCCCGCGGUGAAACUGUGGCGCAGACUUACCUUCUGCUACCCUGUUGCUGCAGCUCUACCAGAAAAGUUUUGGAAGGAAUGUCAGCUGUGUACAGCUCCUGGCUCCAUCAGCUAAGAGAGGACAGACCCUAGGGGAAAGCUCUAAUGACCGAGCAGGAUCUGGCAUCUGACCUGGAGGAGAUUUCCACCCCCCUUCCCCCCUGUCCUUGAAGAUUUCUUUUGGGAAGCAGUGAUUUGGCUGGUAGCAGAGAUCAGAUGAGAAGGCAUCGUGAAGCUGUUCAGAAGGACUGGGGAAGUGUUUGUUGUCGGUGUGUGGUGUGUUGAAGAGUCAUCCCUUUGACAGAAAGUUGUUGUUGGGAACCAGUAUUAAGCUCUACUGAGACAGGGAAUCCAUCUAGUCAUGGAGGAGGAACAAGCAGCCUGCCCCGAACCCCAGCCAGACAGCAUGAUGUCUGAUGCGUUCUCCAAGCUGUGGACGGAUGUAAUGGGAAUACUGGACGGGUCACUGGGUAACAUCGAUGACCUGGCACAGCAGUACGCAGAUUACUAUAACACCUGUUUUACUGAUGUGUGUGAGAGGAUGGAGGAGCUGCGCAAACGGCGGGUUUCUCAAGACUUUGAUAUGGAGAAACCCGAUGCCAGCCCCACAUCGCUACAGCUGCGGUCCCAGAUUGAAGAAUCACUUGGACUCAGUAGUGCUGUGUCAACACCAGAGAGUGAAAGAAAGCUUUCCCUUCAUAAAUCAAGCUCUGAAGAAAGCUCUGUAGGGAAAGCAGAUUGGAAAAAGAAGAAUAAGUAUUUUUGGCAGAAUUUCCGAAAGAAUCAGAAAGGAAUAAUGAGACAGACUUCGAAAGGAGAGGAUGUUGGUUAUGUAGCAAGUGAGAUCACGAUGAGUGAUGAGGAACGAAUCCAGCUGAUGAUGAUGGUGAAAGAGAAGAUGAUCACCAUUGAGGAAGCACUUGCUAGGCUGAAGGAAUAUGAGGCCCAGCACAGGCAGUCAGGCAUCAUAGACUCUACAGAUUGGCCUGACGGCUCGUACCCAACAUUUGAUGGGUCUUCCAAUUGUAAUUCAAGAGAACAAUCGGAUGAUGAAACAGAGGAGUCGGUGAAGUUUAAGAGGUUGCACAAGCUGGUUAACUCUACUCGCAGAGUCAGAAAGAAACUAAUUAGGGUGGAAGAAAUGAAAAAACCCAGCACAGAAGGUGUGGCCGAGCAUUCACUUGACAGCUCUCCUGUACUGGAUAACAGAUCGGCACUUUACUCUGGAGUUCACAAGAAGCAAUUCUACUUAGAUGGCUCUUCUGAAAAGCAGCCUGAGGAUGACUCUGACUCACUCACCACUUCUCCUUCAUCCAGCAGCCUAGAUACUUGGGGUGCUAAUAGGAAGCUGGUUAAGACCUUCAGCAAAACUGAUAGCCGUGGCCUUAUUAAGCCCCCCAAGAAGCUGGGGACAUUUUUUUCUUACCCAGAAGAGGAGAAGACCCAGAAGGUUUGCCGCUCUUUGACAGAGGGGGAGAUGAAGAAGGGCCUUGGCUCCCUGAGCCAUGGGGUAAGUACUGAAAGUAUUUGCUUUUAUGACAGCAACAGGCACAAGCAUCAUCUCCUGGUGUCCCUGGAGGAGGUUCAGAGUGUCAGGAAGCAGAUCCGAUUAAAGAAAAUGGAUACUAACUAUUCCUGUUCCAGAGCUUUUCUCUGCCAACGUCCUGCCAGGAAAGGAGCAUCCCCUGCAACUUGUGACCUACAACUGCUCCGGCACAAAGCCAAAGGGGGAGGAGGUUGUGGUUUCCAAAACAGAAGGCUUCGAGGGCGCACCUCUGUCAGUGAGUUCAAUAUCACCUACGUGGUGGAGAGAAGCCUGUACAGUCACCUCAACCUAUCACAGCUGGUGCGUCCCGUCACUGACAGGACCCUGAGCAAGGCUGACAGGCAGGAUCUGCGGAGAUGCCUGCUGGAUGAGGAUGAGGAGGCCAAACGGAAGUGGGCCGCCACAGUGGACCGUUGUACUAAAAGGGUUCUCUUGAGAAUCCACCAAAAGUCUAGAACCUGUAGCUUUGGAGGAUUUGACUUGACAAAUCGUUCCCUGCACGUUGGAAACAACAACAACUCUGACCAAACGGGCAAAGAAGGAGACUUCAUUUAUAAAGAAGUGAUCAAGUCACCCUCUGCCUCCCGUAUAUCUCUUGGCAAAAAGGUGAAGUCUGUAAAAGAAACCAUGAAGAAAAGGAUGUCUAAAAAAUAUAGCAGCUCCAUAUCAGAGCAGGACUCCAGCCCUGAUGUAAUGCCAGGUUCUCCGCAGUCACCACAGCCAGAGACUGAUUCUCUGGAUAAGCCCAAACUGAAAGCUGGUGGUUCAGUAGAAAGCCUGAGGAGCUCCUUAAGUGGUCAGAGCUCAAUGAGUGGUCAGACAGUGAGCACGACAGAUUCCUCAGCCAGCAACCGGGAGAGUGUCAAGUCUGAAGAUGGUGAUGAUGAAGAGCCUCCCUAUAGGGGACCUUUUUGUGGACGAGCCAGGGUUCACACUGAUUUUACACCCAGCCCUUAUGAUACUGACUCCCUGAAACUUAAGAAAGGUGAUAUCAUUGAUAUAAUCAGCAAACCUCCCAUGGGCACUUGGAUGGGUCUGUUGAACAACAAAGUGGGCACUUUCAAAUUUAUCUAUGUGGACGUGUUAAAUGAGGAGGAAGAGAAGCCAAAGCGGCCCACAAGGAGACGACGGAAAGGAAGACCACCUCAGCCCAAGUCUGUCGAGGAUCUCCUUGAUCGUAUUAAUUUAAAGGAGCACAUGCCCACUUUUCUAUUCAAUGGUUAUGAAGAUCUGGACACUUUCAAACUGCUGGAGGAGGAAGAUCUGGAUGAGCUGAAUAUCCGAGACCCUGAGCACAGAGCUGUUCUCCUCACAGCUGUGGAGCUUUUACAGGAAUAUGAUAGUAACAGCGACCAGUCGGGGUCUCAGGAGAAGCUUCUCAUAGAAGGCCAGGGACUGAGCAGAUGCUCCCCCCGGGAUUCUGGCUGCUAUGAAAGCACUGAAAACCUGGAGAAUGGCAAGACUCGGAGGACCUGUCUGUUGCCCACAAAGUCAGCCAGUGAGCACUGUUUUAACAGAAACCAACUGCCAAGUUAUCCAACUCUGCCUUUGACUAAAUCGGUAGAAGCUCUCCAGCAAGGAAAGAAGGAAAUCCGGUUGAGCUGCUUUCAUCAUGCUCCCAAGAGCUGCAUCAAGCCUUCAGGCAUCACAGGUUUGAAGAAGAACCGCAGAAGUUUACCAGCAGCUGUCUGCCGGAGCUGUGAGACUCUGGAUGGCACCCAGAAUGCGGCCAAGUGGCCAAGAUCUCAUUCACUGGAUGACCUCCAAGGAGAAUCCAGCACUGACCUACCGAACACUAGUAAGAAAGUAGAUUCUUUCCCUCAGGAUGCACUGGAGGUAGCAAAAAAGACAACUGGCUCCGUCCUGAAGCCUAAGGCUCCUGGGGGUGUCAUGAGGGCAGAAGAGAAUCUACCUAAGCAAAGUAAAGGAACUGCUGAUUCUCAGAAGGGAAAAACUAGGAAAUUGGACUGCUCAGUAACAGAGACUUCAUGUGGGACUCCUACUCAGUACCUGCUUAAACGCUGGGAGGCUCAGCCUACUUCAGUUACACACAACGUAACAAGGACACCUCUGGAAAAUCAUCAUAAAAGCAGUCAUGACCUUGAAAGGGCUGAUAACUCUCCAGUCCUCAAGGAAGGUCUGAAAGCUGAGCAAAAGGGCGUGAGCGAGGCAAGAAUUCAGUCAAAAAAUCCUUCACAGCCACCACCAGUCCCUGCCAAAAAAAGCCGAGAACGCCUUUCUAAUGGACUAUAUCAUCCCCCUCUGACCCUAAGUGGAGCCCUUUCAAGUCCAGAUGCACCAUGUUUGCCAGUAAAAAGGGCCAGUCCAUCCAGCCCCAUUGAUUGCCGUGUAGUACCUGCCUGUAGGCCCUCUUCUGAGCAGCCCAGUACUCCUCCAAGCACACUGCCCCCUUGGCUAGCUGAGCUUUCUGAGACUGCUAGCAUUCAGCAACAUGUGGUAAAGCUAGGCCCUGCUUUAGCCAGGAAAGUCUCUUGUACUAGAGGACUGGAUCUGGAAAUGUUGAUAGAAAACAAGUUGCAGUCUGAAGAGAUUGAUCUCACAGAGGAACCAUAUUCAGACAAGCAUGGUCGGUGUGGGAUUCCUGAAGCUUUGGUGCAGAGAUACUCUGAAGACCUAGAGCAGCCUGAAAAGGAUGUUGCUACAAACAUGGACCAAAUCCGGGUGAAGCAGUUGAGGAAGCAGCACCGCAUGGCAAUUCCGAGCGGAGGGCUCACUGAAAUCUGCCGAAAACCUGUAUCCCCUGGACAUAUCACAUCUAUAACUGACUGGCUGGUUUCUAUUGGCCUGCCUAUGUAUUCUAGCUCACUCACAGAAGCAGGAUUCACCACGUUGAGCAAAGUGCCUUCUCUGUCACAAACUUGCCUUCAAGAAGCUGGCAUCACAGAGGAGAGGCACAUAAACAAGCUCCUGGCAGCAGCAAGACUCUUCAAACCCCUCAGUCCAGAGGCAAUUUAACAUGCUCUGGAAUGUGGCACUGUCUGAGACCCCGCUGCUUCUUACUGCACCAGUUUUGCUCUAAUUUCUCCACACAGCAAAUGGGAUCAAGCAAGUGGAUCCCAGGGAUAGGCAAAUAAACUCCUCAGAGGAUCGUCCUUUUUUCUGCCUUUAGCAACUAAAGGAGAAAAGAAGCAACCGCCAGGUAACAGAAGUGUGGUACUUCCUUAAUCCUCAGCAACAAAGUAUUUUUAGUUCUGAAAGUGCACAGGGCUAGCCUGUGGUUAGACAGCACCCCCGGUGACCGUUAAGCUAAAGGGGCCCUUGCACACUCUCCACAAGAUUGUGACAGCUACACCUGCUGUCAGCCCUGUUUCUGUUGCAAGGUCUCUAUGAAUAGAAGGCCCUCUGUAAUGCUGGGUCCCAGUUACCUAGAGUCAGCCCUGAAAGCCACAUACAAGCCAAGGUGCAGCUCACCAGCAAAAGCUGUUUAGCAAAUCAUCUUGGUUUUUUUGUUUGCUUGUUUUGUUGGUUUUAGCAAUCAAAUGCUAAAUACAUACCCUUGUUUGUCAUCCUCUCUUGUGCUUGGUAUAGUUCCUAUAGACCAUAGAGCCUUUAGCUAAGCCAGAAUAAUGGAGUGGAAUUAGUUUACAAUAUUGACCAUUUCUGUUGUUCCAGUACAACUAACCUAAUAGAGUCCAAAACUCCUUUUGUGUAUAGAAUUGGGGUCAUUUUUGUAACUGCUUUCUCGCAACCAGCUUUUUUUUAUUUGCCUUAAAAUCAGAUUGCCAGCAGUUAUCUAGUGUUCACUUAUCUGUAUCCAACCUUGCUUCAUUCUGUCGUCGUUCCAUGGCACUUAGGGUGAUUUUCAGUUAAAGUAACUUCUGUAAAUUGUCUCGUAACAUCUUCUGUUUGUAGAGGUGCUUUUGCAAAUGCAGAGUUUCCAUUGUCAGGCUAACUGUUCACAGCAGUCUGCAUUUGCUGCUGUUAUUAAAAUAUUCAAAGUUAUCUUGCCUUGUAUAUAUGUAACUGCUUUUCAUUUUAAUCAUAUUUUUAUGUACUGUGUUAUACUGUCAAUCAUUAUACUGCAGCUUUGACUUGGUAUCCUGACCAUAUCAAUUCAAAACAUUGUUUUUUUCAAAUGAAAGAUUGCCCUGGGGAAAUAAAAUGCACCGAAGAAGCAAACUGUGUCCCAUAGAAAGUAUCAGAGCAGUAAUUUCACUGCCUGGGGGGGAAAAAACCUCAGUGUCUUAUGAAUUAUGCUGUCAUUUUACAAAACUUGAUGUCCCCCAGUAUCGAGUGUUUGAAAUAUCUUCUCUUCCGAAGAAAGUGUCAUUCUGGAAUGCUGGACAAACCAUUUUUUGUCCAUAAAAUAAUGAUCCUAUUUUCUGUCUAACCCACUGUAAAAUCUCCCAUUCACAGCUGUGGAUACUAACAGAUUUUAUUUUUGUACAUGGGCACUCAUUUUAUAUACCAAAUACAGAUCACCAUGAAUAGUAUUAACUAGAUUUUUUUUCUUUGGUGUCUAUAUCCUAUGUACUUUUCUUUAACUUACAGUAGUGGAAACUCUUCAUUGUAGACAGAGUAGGCUUUCCUUUGGCAGGUGAAUUGAAAGAUGCAGUCUAGUGAUCUGAGCACAGGCCUAGAAAUCUGAUUCUAUUGCCAGCCCUGCCACUAGCUUGCCAAGUGAAUUCAGGCAAGUCACUUCCCCUCUCUGAGACUCUAUUAUUCCACUCAUAAAAUGAGGAUAAUGAUGCUUACUCAUCCUGAUAAAGUGCAUUCAGGUUGGUGAAUGAAGUGCUGAAAGUGCACUAUUAUUAUUGCCUACCCUAAAUCGGGUAUGCAGUAAAUUUUACCUACAGUGAUAAUCUAGCUCUGAGUGUAAUAUUAGGUGUCAGUUUUAUUUACCUAAUUUCAGUUGUCACCAGCCUCUGUUAUUUUUAUCACCUCUGCCCUAAAUUCUGCCAUCAGAAUUAAAGACACCAAUGUGUAUAGCAUAACUAAUUCACUUAUUCAUAUCAUCUGAAAUUGUUCUGGAUCCAGAGCUCCUCUGGAUUUUGUCUAAAACCUUAUUAGUGCUUUUCUCUGGGAACUGGAGAACUAGUAAGCUCUAGUGUGACAGCAUCAGGGAAUGUGUGACAUAACUGAAUGUUUUGCACAGGUGGCUAAACUCUUACAAAAGAACAAAAUGCUUAUAGUAUGGGCCUUGGUUGUUAUAGCAAUGAUUUGACUGUCAUCCCUCUCUAAGGCUUAAAGGGAAGCCUACAGAAAGCAGUAGCUGGAAGGAGUGCUGAGACAUCCACUGAUAGCUGGGGUCACCAAUGAUUAAAAGUAAGCAGACUGCAGAAUACCCAUUAGCAGUUCAGAAGGCUAAGGGACUGCUUACUAUGCACAGUUUGAGUAUGAAGCAUUGUCUGAUACAAAAGGAAAACAACUUUUGCUCAUUGUGGGGAAAAAGAAGUCAUAUAAUUUAAAAAAUCCCUCACCUUCAUUUUUUCCCCAACCUGAUUAAUAACAGAAGGAGAGUCACAGCAGAGAAGGAAACAAUCUGGAUUUCUGAAGCUCUCCAUGUCCCAAACACUCAUUGUAAUUCCUGUGCCUUUUGAAUGAUUUAAUAGCACGGAGAAAUCAAAACACACCUAUCAGGACUUUGCCAUGAGGAGGCCAUUCUGACUUGGAUUCCUUGAGAUUUUUGUUGUUAAAAUUGCUCUUUGAUCUGUUUUUUAAAGUCUGCCAUUCAGUCUUCUUUUGUGUUAUAUUUUUAGCAUAUAUUUUUAUUUUAGAAAAGCCUUACACUGCUCAGUGUGAGCUUCUCCUGCUGGUUUCAGUGCAGUUCAAUGGGCAGGUGGGGGAUUGCCUGGUGUAACAACAAUACCCUAUUCUUUACAAUUUCCUUUUGAAGUGCAACACUCCAAGCAAAAGUUAGCUCGUUGGCUAUUGGGAAGCACAAAAGAAGCCUGCUGAUAAAAUCCUAAUCCGCUCUGCUCAGACAAGUACUGCUCUGUGUCCACUGUGUGCAAUUCUAACUUGAAAAGCUAUUUAGUAAGGGAAGAAGCAUUCCCAUAAUAUUAGCAAGCAACAUUACAAUUGUACGUCCGAUUAAUGCCAGUGUAUUACCAUCUGAGUAGCUAGGAUCUACUCUGUGUCCCUGGCCCUGUGCUCUUGUCUGAGACUGGGAGCAUGGGAAUAUGAUCAAAGGCAUUAAGUAUUAUAUUAUUCAGCCCGGUCAUUCUCCCUAAGAGCAGCAAUAGAGGUCAAUUCACCAAGUCACGGCUGUACAGUUGUACUGUAUUAUUUUUAGAAUAAAUAAUACUUUUGGUCCAAGAUACUGUCAUCCUUAAUUGACGCCCUCUGGGGAAACAAAACUGUCAAGCAAGUUAUGUAACAACUAACAAUGUUGCACUUUCUGUAUAUGAAAUCAGUAUUUAAAUAACUUAUUUUUCUCCAUUUGCUGUUCUUAAAUGAUGUAAGUAGCUGUAAUAUACCAGUACCCAAUAUGUCCUUACAGUUUGCUUCAACCUGAGAAAGCUGUGUAUUGUAAAGAAAACAACAACAAUAUGAAUGUGUAAAGAUUAUUGUGCUCUUUCAUUUAGCAAAAAAAGAAAAAAAGUUGACAAAAGGGUUUUCCUGUGUAUCAAACCUUGUCUAUAAUUAUGUCAUACUGUUCAUAGACAAAAAGUAAAUACAUUUCCUCAG